AGGCGGUGGUCUGCCCCGAGCUAGUAAGGGAAUAUCGUAUACACAAACCACGCACCACGCCCAAGUGGUCACAUUGCGAAAAGAAAAAGCAUGGCCUUACGCAUUGCGACGAUCCUACUGAUAUGCAGUGCCGGAUAUGUAUUGGCCCAAUAUACGGACGAGGCUGCCAAUGGUGUAUCAGCGCCUCCGAAGAAACUGCUGCAAAUCUCGGGAACAAGACGAAUUAAGUCUCCGCGACUUGCCAGUCCACUGCCUCAAACAACUAUCGUUAAUCAAAAAUUUCGACGACCGAUACACAGACCGCGAUUAGCAGCCGAACCCAUUCCAGAACUUCCGGUUUUCACAUCGGGCAUCCGAGGUUCGCGACCUUCCGCAGCAUCGACUAUCAGUAUUGAGCAAAAUGAUGAAGCCUCGGCUCUGCCAAUACAGGCGAUUCAACAGCCCCAGGUCCAUCAACAGAUUCAACACGAAGUAAAACCAGUAAACGAGGACAAUGAAAAAGAUCAGAAUAUUAUUCAAGUCAUUGCGAACCUCGGAGCCGUUGCUGGCAAUCUAGUUACUCCUGCCACUGCAACACCCACAGUUCCUUCAGGUGUAAGCGCCUCCUAUCUACAACAACAGCAGCAGUUACAGCAAGAACAACAUAAGCAACAGCAGCAACACGAAAUUAUUAUAAAUAACGACAUAACGAAUGUCGUUUGGCUCCAUCAAGUGAUAGCGCCGGUACAGUACAGACCACAAAAGCCACAGCAACAACAACAACAACAACAACAACAACAACAACUAGUGGAACGCAACGAGUACGAUAUCAAUGAGGCACGUCCAUUUAAGCAAAGGGCGCAAGUAACACCGAAAAAGUCGAAACCUAACGGUGAUUACUACGAGGGAAGGACUAAGAAACCUGUAGCGCAGGUGAUAAGGCGCUAUCGCGAGGAGACUGCCGACGGUUCGAUAAUCUGGGGAUUCGAGAACGACGACGGUUCGUUCAAAGAGGAGAUCAUCGGCAUUGACUGUAUCACCCGCGGUAAAUAUGGCUACGUCGAUCCGGAUGGCCUGAGGCGCGAGUACACCUACGAGACGGGAAUCAGAUGCGACGAGGAAGCGCAGCAGCAACAGGACUUAGAUAUUCUUAAUACGUUCGUUGACUACCAAGAGAAUAAGCUCGUAUUACCGAGUGGUAAGACAAUCGACCUUAGCAGUAUGGGCAAGAAACAGGCCCGUCGACCUCAGCUUUACAGAAAUUAGGCAGAAAUUGCAAAC